GUAGUGUUGUUUAUAAAACUAUUUAUAAGUGUGUGUUUUAAAAUUAAUAAAUUGUAUAAUUUUGAAUAAACUGUGUGAAAUGGUUUUGUGAAAUUUUAAAAUACACUCAGUGAAGUGGAACUUCAGUGGAAGCAUUGAUUUUUCAGCGAAAAGGUUGCAGUCAUAAACCAAAAAUGACGACGGACAAUGCACUGAACUCUCAACGGGUCUUCAAGAAAUCGUCCCCGAACAACAAACUGACGCUCUACCUAGCGUCUCGCGACCUGGUGGUGGAAAAUGGCGCCAUCGACAGGAUCCAGGGUGUUCUGCACGUGGAACCUGAGUAUUUGGAGAAUAAGAAGCUCUAUGGACAGGUCACAUUGACUUUCAGAUACGGUCGCGAAGACGAAGAAGUAAUGGGCCUGAAGUUCUGCAACGAAGCCAUCAUGAGCCUGGCACAAAUAUGGCCUCUGCACUGCAACCACGACAGAGAACCGAACAGUCCACUUCAGGAUGCGUUAAUAAAACGCCUAGGCGCUAACGCAUACCCGUUUCACCUAGAACUGACGCCGCUAGCGCCACCUAGCGUGCAGUUGGUACCAGCUAAGCAGUACCAUGGAGCACCAAUCGGAACCUCGUAUGAUGUCCGCGCUUAUAUUGCGGAGCGUCCAGACGAGAAGGUGUCGCGUCGCAACACGGUGCGCAUGGGCAUCCGAGUGCUACAGGGACCAGGGCGCUCGGUGCCUCCACCCGUGCUGCCACCACCAUCCCCCCAUCACACGCUCAGUGCGCUCGCGCAUUAUAAUAUUGUCAGGUUGAAAAAUAAAACGAAAAUGGAGUCUGACGAGAACUGUCGACCGAAACCGGAGGAAAUUGAAAGUUCAGAAGUCCAGCCACCCAGGGCUACAGUGGAGAAACCCUUCCUCCUGUCUGAUGGAAGAGUGGAGCUAGAAGCUUGGCUGGACAAACCGACAUAUUCCCACGGAGAGUCAAUCAGAGUCGGCGUGGUCGUCGCCAAUCAUUCGUCCAAAACUGUGCGACGGAUCAAGGCCCUGGUGGUUCAACAUGUGGAUGUGUGCAUGUUCUCCAAUGGGAAGUUCAAGAAUGUGGUCGCUCUGGUGAAGGGCAAUGAUGUUGUCCUGCCUAGCCAGACCCAUACUGACACUUACACCCUCACGCCCCAUAGAGGUAUUACCAAAAAUUGGAUAGCACUCGAAGAUUCGUACUCAAAAACAGGCGCCAGUCUCGCGUCAACAGUACUCAGUAACAAUACGCCUGAAGACAGAAAUGUGUUUGCGAUAUACGUAUCGUAUUACGUCAAAGUCAAGCUAACAUUCAGCGCAAUGGGGGGAGACUUGUCGCUCAAACUUCCCUUCACACUCACGCACUCGUGUAUCAACGAGGCGCCUACCGACAGCGUCACAGAAGAAGCUACUCAUAAAAUGAUUCUAGAAGGGAAAGAAAAUAGUGAAGACGAAGACAGCAAAGCUGAAAUAGAACGAGACAAGCAAAACAACAAUGGAGACGAAGCACCCGGAGAUGACGCUGAAGUUAAAUCUCCAGAGGAUCACCGCUUGGUCGCCGACGUCUUAGUCAACAUCGAGAACAAAAUGGACAGACCCAAGAAAUUCGAGGGUCAAACUGAAGUGCGAACUGUGAAACCUAGUGAUGAAGAACUGGAUCUUAUCGUCAAGUACCCGGGGUCGGACACGUGAUCCGACGACGAACUAGACAAUACAGGCCAGGGUGAAAAGACUGACAUUAAAGUGAACGCACCAGCGAUAGUCAAGUGCAAAGCAGAGGUCCAAAUUAAUAAGAGUGGUUUUGCCGAAAAUCUUAAACGAGCCGUGUGUUGUAUAGACAGAAGACGACAGUCAUAGCUUAGAGCUUUAUUGUUCAAAAUAAUUGUUAUGAAAGUACAGAAUAAAAAAUAUAAACCAAUGUUGACACUUAUUUCUUAGUGUUUGCAAUUCACGGGGCAAAUGUAGGCCCAGUAAACAAAUCCGAGGAAUGCUUCAAUUUCGUCUGCAAAUAUACUUUUGGAACACGCGUUUCGUAAAAUUACAGCAAACAACAUUUUAUUAUGAAAUUGCUACUUUCGCUUCCGUGAAUUACAAAUAUUAAUAUUUUUUCAUUUAGAAAUUGUUUAGGAAUAUUUCGAAGGACGCGAGAAGACUAAAUAAAACCGACGUCAAUCGAAACUCGUCUGAUGUUAACGAAUUGCAUCUAGUCACUAUUUAGGAAGUAAUUUGAAUAUUGUAUUUUUAAUAUUUUAAGGAUUUUUGAUAGACCUAAGACUUGUCGGUUUGCCGACAAAUGAAGCCUGAAUGGAUAUUACGCUUACUAAAUUGUAGUCAGUGUUUUGUAGUAUUAGGAUUAAGAUUUGUAUAUCGAUUUGUAAAGUUUUUCAGUGUCGUUUUCAAGCGCUGUUUACAGUGCUAUAUAACCUUUUUCAUACGUGACGUUUCCCGUCGCAUUUUACUAUCGAUACGACUUAUUCGAUUUAGCACCAAUUCGAGUUCAUACACAUUAAUUUAGAAUAAAAUUGUUGUGCUCGUCUCAAUAUUAUUUGAAACUAAGAUUGUAAAAUCGUUUCGUCCUUGCUUCGGUUAAUUUUCUUAUCACAAGUUUCAAGCAAGUGACAAAAUUCCGAUACUUAUUUGUUGAUGUCAAACACAGAGAUACAAACUUGUACCUAUCAAAAGUUUGCUUUAAAUAAAUCAAUUUUAAAAUUGAUUCACAGUUUGUAGACAAAAUAUAAAUUAGCUUUUCAUCAUUCAUUGCACUUUGACGAAGUUAUCAAAAGUUUUGGCCGCAGAUGUUUCGAAUUGUAUUACAGUUUUUAAUAAUGUUUAAACAUGUUGGAUCUUUGAGUAAAGUGUUUUUGAGCUGUCAAUUACUUUAAUAAUGUUUUCAAAUAAUCUUAUUUAUUAUCUAUCAAAACAUAGAAUUCAAAAGUUUUUGAGUCUGUUACAUUUUAGAGGACAAAUGCUGAUGAUCAAACUUGGAUAAAAGACAAGAUCUAAACUUUAUUAGAUUUAUUAUGCUUAAAUGAAACAACUAGAAGAUGAACGGUAAAAAAAGAAUGAAUUUUAAGUAAUCUUUGAAAUUGACUCGGUAAAAUUACGAUAAAAUAUUUCUUACGGAUAAAAAUAUCAGACAUAUUCCUGAUUUUAUCUUUUUCACACAAAGAUAGAUAUUUGGCUUUAUAAGAGAAAGUAGAGGCGUCAAAGAAAUACCAUCUUUUGUACACUGUGACAAGCGUUUGAUCCUUUUGAUUUUCUUUUGACGCGAACGAAUUGAAAAGCGCUACAAGUUUUGUAAGAAAAAAUAUGAAAAACUCGAGAUGAAUCUUCUUUUCAGAAAAGUUCGUAGACACGUCAUCCGAUAGUAUGAAAUUUGUAACGUUUUCAAUAAAUAACUAUUACAUUUUUUAACUUUCAUGAAAGCUCUGUAGGAGUUUCACAGUAGCUUGAGUUGUUAUGAAUAUACGCACAUCUUCAAAUAAAAUAACAGACAUUAAUUCUAGAAAAUAUUAAGAUUAUAAAUAAUUCUAAACAUCUGUGGCCAAAAUAAAUAGUAGCACCAUUGACAUAGUAUUUUGUAAGUAAUAUAAACAUUUAAAUGAAAUUAGUACUAUUAAAUUAGUAGUUUUGUUAAUUUCUGAAAACGUGAUUUCACGAUAUCGCAAUUACAGUAAUGUUUUAAAUGAUUUUGAAACGCUAAGGCUUGAGUUUUUCGUUUCCAACCAAAUUCGAAAAGUGCUGUUAAUGACAUAAUUAUAGCGUUAAUUCAUAUUUUUUCAGUACAAGGGUUUUGCGCUGAUAAUUAUGCAUCAUACCUGAAUUUUACAUAAUUAAAAGAGUUUUCAGAAUAACAUUAUUAUAUUUGUUUUCAUUAAUUGUUGCAACAUAAACGUAAUCCAUUAAUAUCAUGAGAAGUAAGCACAAUUUAAUUAUUAGACUUAUUAAUUUAUGUACCAUCAAACAAACCAUUUGUAUGUUUUGUAGAUAUUCAUUAGCGAAAUAGGUAUUUUAUAUUUAAACAACACUAAAUUGUACGUAUAUUAAAACUGUAGACGAAAAUGUAACUCAACAUAUUUUUCAGUGUUUGUAUAUAUUGUAAAUAUAUUUCAAAAAAUUC